UUGAUUUUGAUGAGAGAGAGAGAGAGUGAGUACUGUGCAAGGUUCACAACACACACACAAGAAGGAUAAAGACAGGAGAAGGGUCUCCAUUUAUCCUUCACUGCAUUGGGGUUUUUUCUCCAUCUCACCAAAUCUAAUUUCUCUCAGUUUCGCGACAAGGGAGUUGGUCAUUUGGUGCAUUUGGGAGGUCUAAUUUUGUUUUACAAAAUUGCUGAGGAAGAGAACUAGAUCACAGCAAAAAGUUCAAAACAUGAAUAACACAUUAGUUGAUUCUACAUCGGAGUCGUAUUUUCCCUCUGAUGGAUCAAAUCAGAGGCAUAAAGAUACCUCCCUUUUGAAGGUUCCUGGCUUGUUUGUGGGAUUCAAUGCUAAGAGCUCAGAUUCUGAGGCAGUAAGAAGCCCCACAUCGACUUUAGAUUUUAGGAUUUUUUCGAGUUUAGGCAAUCCCUUUAGGUGUCUAAGAGCACAGAACGAGGGCCACCACAAGAGCUGGGACUGUACCAAAGUAGGUCUAAGCAUUAUAGAUUCCCUCGACCAUGAGCUUAAUCAGAGUGUUGCUCGGUCAUCUGAUAAUAAGAAUAUUCUUUUCGGGCGACAGAUGAGCGUUAGAAGUCCAACUUUUUGUAGUUCUUUGGAGGCACCUAAGUCACUGCCUAAAGAAGUUGCUAUUUUCGCUAAGCCAGCCAAUGCUCGGAAGUGCGAUUCUGAUGUUGUGUUUGAGAUUGGGGAGGUCCCGUUCAAGCACGAGGAGGCUUCUGGAAGCAUCCGUGCUCGUUCAGUGGAUUCUGGAAGGUAUGGAUCUCACCUGACAGAUUUCAGAAACCUCAAGUCCAAGCUUGGGUCCGGCAGCUUUGGUGCUGAGAACUCUGUUCGUUCGGAGUCUGGAGGGGCUGGCGUGAGCCCUAAAUUAGGCAACCUAAGUGGGGAGAGGCUGAGUCAGGCUGCUCCACUGGGAAAUAGUUUUAUUAGUUCCAUUCCCGCGAGUGAGAUUGAGCUGUCUGAGGAUUAUACCUGUGUUAGAACUCAUGGCUCCAACCCUAAGGUUACACAUAUCUUUGGUGACUGCAUUUUAGGAUGUCACAAUGAUUUUUUGAAGAACAGCGAAGAAUUUCUUCCUCCCUAUCCAUCAGAGGAUUUCUUGAAAUUCUGUUUUUCUUGCAAGAAGAGGUUGGAUGGUGAAGAUAUCUUCAUGUAUAGAGGCGAGAAGGCAUUUUGCAGCUCAGCUUGCCGCUCACAGGAGAUGGAGAUCGAUGAGAGGGUGGAGGAAACCAACAACCACUCGUCCGAAAACCUCCUCUAGCAGCAGCUUGUUCAUGUGGAAACACUGUGGCCAUGAAUGAUUAAACUGUAGCGCAGGUGCUCUCGUCCGUAUCGGUCACUUAGAGCUGUUUCUGUAUUUGUUUGCGGCCUUGGAUGAUCAUCGAGCGCGUGUGGCCUCGUGCUGGAUCUUGUUUCAUCUCUCAUGGUGAUAGUAGUUGUGCAAGAAGCUGUUUUUGGACUUGGAAAUUUUCUGUAAUAGGAGAAGAAAAGCUGUAUUUUGGUGAUGUUGUAAAGGGUAGUAGCCCUGUGUGGCUCCCCCAAUUUUAUCACCUGCCUGAUGAAUUUUGAAUCCAUAUAAAUGGCUUUUCUGACCAUAAAUUUUGAAUUUUACAAA